GUUUUCGUUCCUUUUUUAUUUUCUGGAUUUUACUUUUCGGCCCUACGACUUGUAUAACGUUGCCUGGGAUCCGAUUCGUUGUUGGUCGCAUACAUAUCAAUAUAUAUAUAAAUAUACUUGUACAUCAGUUUAUGAUUUCUCUUUUUCGUUCUUUUUCUAUAUUUUCUUUUAAUUUUCACGAUCGUCAAACGAGCAGGAUCCAAUUUUAAAUCAAUUUUUUGCUCGAUUGACAAUAUGCAUAUUCAACAUAUUUAUGAGUGGGUUGCGCGCAAGAGGCCAUAGAUGGCGCGAGUGUUCGAUGGGCGUGGAUGGUUUUAUAAUUCAAAUACUAUAUUUUUCUUUAUAUAUUUAUGAUUUUCGUAGUUAACAUUUGUGAGCCUUGUGAGAAAAUACAAAAAUGAUAAAGCACGCUCCUUCGAUGGGCUGUGUUUCCAAACUAUAGGUGGAGAUUUGCAAUGGUCACGGGGAUGUCAACGGCCGUCAUAGACUAAGAGAGUUCGUUGAAAAAAGCAUUAGAGGAUACCUGGCGCGGUGUGCGGUGUCCACACACUAGAGUAGUUUUGGAACACAGCCAUGGUAUCCUUGCCACCCAGUCUGCAAAAGCAGGUGAGCGUGAUGAGCAUGAAUCUGAGCGCGAAACUGGACGAGCUGCAGCGCGGCGAUCGCCACCUGGAGACCACCGUGGCCCUCUGCGAGAUCCGCACCCAACUGCAGGAGCUCACCAAAUCGGUGGAGUCCUGCCAGUCGGAGGUGUCGGAGGUCAAGCGGGACAUGGUGGCCAUCAAGCACGAGCUGGACACAGUGCAGCAGGUCAAGGAGGAGAUCGAGGAGUUGCGGGAGUACGUGGACCGUCUCGAGGAGCACACGCAUCGAAGGAAGCUGAGACUCUUGGAACAGGGAUUGACGUUUUUCCUGUCGUACGCGAUCCUCGCGGCGGUCCUCGGCAUGCUGCAAUUCGGUUACAACACGGGCGUCAUCAAUGCCCCGGAGGGCAACAUAGAAUAUUUCAUGAAGGACGUGUACAAGUCGCGGUACGGCGAGGAUCUGCAGGACGAGGGUGUGCAGCGGCUCUACUCGCUGGCCGUUUCGAUCUUCGCCAUCGGCGGAAUGCUGGGCGGCUUUUCCGGUGGAAUGGUCGCAAACAGAUUCGGAAGGAAAGGUGGAUUAUUGCUCAAUAACGUGCUAGGCAUCGUAGGCGCCUGUCUGAUGUGGUUCACCAAGGUGACGAAUUCCUACGAGAUGCUCUUCAUUGGUAGAUUUAUAAUCGGUGUCAAUUGCGGACUGAACACUUCCUUAGUACCUAUGUAUAUAUCAGAGAUAGCGCCGUUGAAUUUGCGCGGUGGAUUGGGUACCGUCAAUCAGCUGGCGGUUACGGUGGGACUCCUGCUGUCGCAGGUUCUAGGUAUCGAGCAAAUUUUGGGCACCAACGAGGGUUGGCCUCUGCUUCUUGGAUUAGCAAUCUGUCCGGCUCUGCUGCAACUGGUGCUGCUACCCAUUUGUCCUGAAAGCCCCAGGUAUCUACUCAUCACUAAGCAGUGGGAGGAGGAGGCGCGGAAAGCGUUGCGGAGGCUCAGGGCUAGCAAUCAGGUGGAGGAGGACAUCGAGGAGAUGAGGGCGGAGGAGAGGGCACAGCAAGCGGAAGCAAGCAUCAGCAUGAUGGAACUCAUCUGCUCACCUACGUUGCGGGCGCCUCUCGUCAUCGGCGUCGUCAUGCAGCUUUCACAGCAACUCUCAGGCAUCAAUGCU